AUGGCGGGAGGACCUGGUGCCCUCACGGGUCCCACCUGCUCCCGGGGGCGCCGCUCUGUGGUCGGCAGUCUGCGCGGCGGGCUCGGUUACAUAAGACGCGUGUGCAUGCGUGUGCACGUGCGAGACGCCGGCGUGGGCACACGUCUGCGUGCCCCGGAGUGCAGGGGGAGUGAGAACGUGUCCGUGUGCGCGCCUGGCAGGAGUUCUGAGAGUAAGUGGGCCAUUGUCCCUCUUCCCCGGGAGCAGCAGAGGAUCCUGGGAGAAAAGCCCCAAGUCCUCGCUGCUUUGGACCCAGCUGAGCCUCUGACGUCCUGGACCCGGUCCCGGCUUUCCAGAAGCGCUCAGGCUCCCUGCUUCCCGCUGGCUGCGCCGUCAGCUACCCGGCUGUACAAACUCGCUGGAAGGGGCUGGUUUCCAAACGCACCUAGUUCAGUGUGUCCUCCCCCACACGAGGCCGAGGCGGUCCCGGAAGGCAGCGACACGCGGGCGCUCCCCGCACCCCUCCCGCAGACCUCGGGCAGCUGCUCCGCGCUCAUUCCACAAGGUCCGCUGGGACAAGUGAAAAUAAAGUCCCUCCCCGCUGUGCUGAAGCUCGCGGGUCCUGCCCGUCCUUUAGAAAGCUCCUGUGAGGGCUUGCCUCGGUUCCCUGCUGUGCUUGCCCUGGUUUGGGGUGGGAGAGGGGCCGACUUUUUUUCUGCUCACGGGGUGAAAGAAAUCUGCAAACACGGAUGUCAGCGAGGGGUCUCCUUUGUCUCCAGAAGCCUACAAGGUUGUGUGAUAUACUUGUUUGCCAAACAGAGUGACAUCACCGGUCAGCCCCCGAGCCCGCUCCGCUCCCAGCCUGCACCUUCUGGAACUCCUGGACCGCCCUCACUGUGCCCUCAGUCGACACAUGAGAUGGAGGCUUCGCAACACAACACCCGCACCAAGGGCCAUACCGCAGGUGACCCUGAAGGCCCCUCGCACGCAGGCCUUGCAGGCGCUCCCCCAACACGUUUUGGGCAGAGGGGCUCCCACAGCACUGCUCUCUCCCCUGCAGCCCCCUGGGGCCCUGCUCUGUCUCCUGGGAGGCUCAGUGAGGAAUGUAGUGGGUGCAGCCCUGCACACUGCCUGUAAUUAAUCCCAGUUACUGGGGAGGCUGAGGCAGGAGGAUGGAGAGUUUGAGGCCAACCUGGGCUACUUCAGGAGCUCAAGACCCUGAAGGUCGGGGAGGUGCGGGAGCAGAAGGGAGAGGGUCACAGACCACCGGGCUCGGCAGCCCUCCAGGAGGCAGGCCCUCCUUGGGCAGAGGGCUAGACUCCGAGCUCCAGGUUAGGUUCAUGGGGGCCUUUCCAUGGGUGACCCACCCCGCCCAUUACUGGAGAUGGAAAUGUCCUCAGGUCCCAGGACCUCCGGAGUCUCAGAGGUUUGGGGGGCGGAGCUCAGGGAGGACAGGGACAAAGGUGUCCUGUCACCCUAGGGCCUCCUAGACUGGAACUGUCAUGGCAGCGUGUGUAGGGGUGAACCAGACUGCAGAGUAUGGGCUGGGGGCUGGGGGAGACUGGGGC